AUGGCGCUAUGGCUAUGCUUCUUCAUGCUUCCCGCACAUCUGGUGCAUGAGAUCUCUUUCUUCAAGUUUGAUGCCCUCUGUACCGCGCCUGAUGAUCGCUCUUUGAAAAUGGUGCGCAGACAGACCCAGCGAAAUCGGCCUGCGCCGCGGAAAAUCAUGAAGAAGAACCCUUACUGCUCAGUCCAGUCCAAUAGAUCUCCAGUAUUGAGAACCGACUACGAGCGAAAAGGUGUUGUUCGUCCACAAGAGACCCUGGCUCAUCAUGGAAAGACACGAUCGGAGGACACCUGCACUUAUUGCAACGCCUUGAUGUUUCAGGUACUGGAUCUCCACAAUCACACCAAGUUCCACUACUAA